UUCUCAAGCGAAAACUCUAUUUCCCAUGUGACUCCAAUAUCCGGUCUCGUGUCCCACAUUAUAAAAUAUAGGUGAGCAGCAUCGCCGCUAUUCGGCAGCCUGAGAAACGGCAACGCACAGGUUAGGCGAGUAGGUAUUGGCACCAUGAUCGUAGAGGUGCUGGUGGCACUGGUUUUGGGCGUGGUGGUGUACGCUCUGCUGCCGAGGACCAAGAAGGAGGUCCUGCAGACGGAGGACGGCUGGUGGGGCGCAGGAGAUCCCCCAGAAACUGCUGAGGAUGAUGCUAUCCGCCCAUUUAGGGUGGAGACCUCUGAUGAGGAGCUUGAGGAUCUGCGCAGGAGAAUAGACCAAACCCGCUCUUUCUCGUCCCUGGAGGACAGUCAGUUCAACUAUGGGUUUAACUCCCACUGUUUGCAGAAGGUUGUGUCCUACUGGAGGAAUGAAUUUGACUGGAAGAAGCAGGUAGAGAAGCUGAACAAGUACCCACAUUUCAAAACAAAAAUCGAAGGGAUUGACGUUCACUUCCUCCACGUGCGGCCCCGUGAUCUCCCUGAGGGGACGGCCGUGGUACCCCUGCUAAUGGUUCAUGGCUGGCCAGGCUCCUUCUACGAGUUCUAUGGGAUGCUGCCCCUCCUUACAGAACCUGCCAAUCCCGGGGACAUCGUGUUCGAGGUCGUCUGCCCCUCCUUACCCGGCUAUGGCUACUCUGAAGCCCCUCAUAAGAAAGGAUUUGAUUCGGUGUGUGCAGCCAGAGUUUUCCACAAGUUGAUGAAGAGGCUGGGCUUCAGUCAAUUCUAUGCUCAUGGGGGUGAUUGGGGCUGGCUGGUCACAACUAACAUGGCCCAGCUUGAGCCUAAUACGAUCAAGGCCCUCCAUCUGAACAUGGCUCCGCCCUCCAAGCCCAACCUGCCAGUGGUGUUGUCUGUGAUGCUGGGCCGCUGGUUUCCCUGGCUCUUUGGCUUCACAGAGCACGAUGUGAAGCGCAUCUUCCCCUAUAUGAAGAAGGUGUUUGGGGAGUCCCUGAGGGAAAGUGGUUACAUGCACAUCCAGGCCACCAAGCCAGACACAGCAGGACGAGGGUUAAAUGAUUCUCCCGUGGGCCUCGCUGCUUACAUCCUGGAGAAGUUCUCUACCUGGACAGACCCAGAGUUCAAAAACCUGGAGGAUGGAGGGCUGGAGAGGAAGUUUUCACUAGAGGACCUUCUGACCAAUGUGAUGAUCUACUGGACGACCGGUUCCAUCAUUUCUUCAAUGCGCUUCUACAAGGAGAACUUGGGCAAUGGCCUGAAUAAGCCACAUUCAAAGAUCCCUGUCUGCGUGCCCACGGCUCUGGCCUCCUUCCCCAACGAGCUGCUUCACACCCCUAAACUGUGGGUGAAGCAGAAGUACCACAAUCUGUGCUCCUUCACCCCCAUGGCUCGGGGGGGCCACUUUGCCGCCAUGGAGGAGCCCGAGAUGAUGGCAGCAGACCUCCGGAAGUUCAUCAUGCAGCUGGAAAGGGGGCCGAAGUGAGAUGGGGCAGGCAGGUCUAACCCUGAGGGCUUAGCUGCUCGCUGCAGGACCUGCACAAUAUGCUCUAAAAUGUCUAUCUGUGUGCAUGGCGCAGUCGUCAAACUGCAGUACAGUUUAUAUUAAGUAGGUAUGCUGCUUAGAAAUAUUACACAUUCUCUACAAAGGUUAUUUUCAGAUUUUUUCCAGUAUUUCAUAGAAAGUUUAAAAUGUUAUUAGUAUUUAGACUUUUUUCUGGAUCUUUUUGCAAUAAAAAGUAGUCCACUUAAUUGCAGCUGUUGUGGUUUUUCCAUUACCCUUUUAUACAUGUUAUUCAUGUUAGUCCUGACACCUUAUGUAAUCUAACCAUAUUUUUGGGAAAUCGGGUAAAUAAAAUUAUUACUGCCAUUAGUCUUGUAAA